UAUGUAUAUGUACAUAUAUAUAUUUAUUGUAUUUUGGUUUCCAAUACGAACAUCCCUUCACUGUUGAUGUCUCUAUAUUGCUCAAGCUUUUCGGCGUUUGCGCUUUUCACUGCUAUUGGCCAUGUUAACAUUUGUAUUCUGGCCUUUGAUGGGCAUCACUGGUUUGAUAUAGUUUCGCUACAUAUUAGUCGCCUAUCUUGAUUAUUGCUGUGGCAUAGAGAUAAUUUUUAAAAUAAUUGAGAUUUCCAUAUUUCUACCAUUCGCGACGCCCAUGGUUCUUAUUUAAUUCUCACUGUGAUGCUACCGUUGUUUUAGGUUGCUUCGAGCAAAUAUUCUCAUUUCAUGUGAAUUUUAGUUUUCGCAUUUCGAGUUCAUUGGUGCUUUGUUACAACAUAUUUUACGUACGUCUCUGUUGCUGUCUCUUUAUGUGUUGCAGUGCCUUUCUCACAAUGCAACGAUGCGUUGCCUUUUGAUUCUCCUGUGACUGUUACAGUGUGACUCUGCUGCUAUCUGGCGAAUUGUUUGAUUAGGCGAUUGCCUCUAUAGCUGCUGUCGUCGCAUACCGGGAACUUUGCCGCGGCCGGCUCGUGCCAGUAUUCAAUUGUCAGCCAAACGCCACACGACCAAAACACGGAAAUUUUUAGAUGCGCAUAACUAGAUGAUGCGAGAACGCCAGUAUCAUCCACGUUUAAGGCGACACCUACGACAGAAACGAUAACACUUGCGAAAUAACUCAAUUGCGGGCUUAAAAAUCAAAAUCGAAAUAUGUAAAUCUAAUAAAGGACGGUUUAAAAAUAUGUGUGUCUAUGUAUAGACACAGUUUUAAACAGACAAUGUUAGUGUUAUGAGAUAUCGGUGACGUUGACUCUUAAUGAUGGCAAAGUUUGCAGCAUAGCAAGACAACACAUCGAAUUGAAAUAGAUAGUAAUAAGUAGUCGUUAAAACGAAAUUGCAAAGAGAAGGUGGACAAAGUAUCAAUAGAAUCAGCAAAGAAUCAUUAUAGUGCAAAAACGUCGAAUAUAAAAAUAUAUAUAACAUUAUUAAAUAAUUGACACUUAAUAAAAAUUAAUUUAGUAAAUUAUGUUGCCACUAGAUUUAAAAUGCAAAUAUUCAAAUUUACAACUCAAAUCUAUAUCUUAUUUUUGAGUGCAUUUACAAAUACGUAAAUAAAUCCAAUAUCAGGAAGCGGAAGACAGUGUGAUCACAAAAGUUAACCCAAAUAUAAUUAUAUUCUCUUUAUAAAAAAAAUUAAUAAAGAUAUGAAUUGAUAAAAAUUGUGAUUCCAGGAAAUAUACUCGAUUCAUUUUGUUAUAUUUGUGGUCGAGUUUUUCGUACUAUGGCAAAGGCCACAGGUUUUAGCCAACUGCGAACGGUUGGUGAAAUUUAUGAAUAACUAAAAUUUCAAAAAGUAAGAUUUUGACCCAACUAGAUUUGAGCGCAUUGUUAAUCGAUUAUUUUUGUGCACUAUUUUUGUAAAUAGACAAGAAACAUGUAAAUAAGUACUAUUUCGAGCUCUACCUAAUUUGAGAUACCCUUGAAAAUUUUAAUCUAAAUAUUUCGAUCAUUAGUGAGCUAAAUAUUGAAGCGAUUGCGCAUUUUCGAAUGUAAAUUGACUUUAUAUGUAUACAUACAUAUAUAUAUUUUGUUUACCGUUAUUCUCUGUCCGAGGUAAGGUAUUACACAUUUCACCCCUUUUUAGUACAAAAAAGAAGUAUGAUUAACAAAAUAUUUCCACUUAUUUGCAUCUUACAAUAUUGUCCGACAUUACCUUAUAUGCAACUGUAAUGAUAAGAAGGAUAAUAUCGUUGUGGAAAUGGAUGAUGAUUUUGUCCAUAUGCAAUAUCAAAUUUUGCUAACAGACAGACGUCCGGAAAUAAAACGUCUUGUCAUUAUUUUGAUAAAGAUCAUAUUUUUUUUUAAUUGAAUGGGAUUUUUAAUUCCCAGUUAAAAUAUAUUAUUUGUUUUCAUAUUGAUUAAAGGGUAUUUCAGAUAUUUAUUAUAUGAAUAUUUUUAGGGCUGCCAAAAUAUUUAUAAUAAGUAUAUGUACAUAUAGUAUACACAGCAACUCGAAACAAAACUUUCAUACAAUCUGUGUUAUUGUGCAGAUUCUUCAUUCUAAAGAUAACAAAUUUGUUUUUAACGUUUAAGCUUAGAUUCAAAUGUUUUUCGAUAAAAUCAGAAAUAAAGCUAUAGAUAGAAGUAAAAUAAAUAAAUGUUUGUAAUUUAUAGCAACUGUGUUCAUAUAACAAACUGUGGCAAUUGAAAAUGAAAAUUGUUAAUAUUUAAUUAAAAGGAAAAUCUCAGUUUUGAGAAUAAUCAAAUCAAAGAAGUGCUGAUUGGACGUCACAUAAAAAGGUUUAACCGACUUCCCGAUGCUUUUUAUUUCUGUGUCGACUUACUGUUGGAGAAGGAAAUAAUUUAAUCAGUUUAAUGAAUAUUUGGCAACAAAAGAUCGUAAAACGACCAGCGGACGAUGUGGACAAUGGAUCUGAAAACUUCGAGCCGCCACACAAACUGCCAAAUAAUAAUAAUAACUGUAACAAUAACAACGGUUCUGAAAAUCUAACGAAAUUUUCUGUGCAUAUUGUGCAAAAAUUGGAGUUCACCACUUCGGCGGCUAACUCACAACCGCAACAGAUAAGCACGAAUGUUACUGUUAAGGCGCUCACAAACACUUCCGUGAAAAGUGAGUCGGACGUCGGUGGGAACGGCGGCAGUACUGGUAGUGGUGGUUGUGGUGGAGCAACUGCUGGCCCCGGCGGUAGUUCCGGUGGGUCGAAUGAUCCGCAAGGUGGUGGAGUAUCGAAUAAUGCUCGUGGUAGCGCUGGAAGCAAUGGAGGACCUAAUGCAGGAGGCAAUGGAUUGGGUGGUAAUAAUAGUGCAACCGGUAUUAACAACUUAAUGGGUCAUAACAAUUCACAUGCAACUCAGCAGCAGCAAAAACUUAAUCUUGGUAGUCUAACGAAUUUAGUGGAAUGCAAACGUGAGCCAGACCAGGACUUUUCCGAUCUGGCUGGAUUGGAAAAAGAGAGUGGUCCUAAUAGUAACUUUCCCGGGUUUCCUGAUCUUAUGGGUGACGACAUCAUAAAUGAUUUACAGGAUUUCAAUCCGGAUUUAUUCAGUUUUGAUGAGAAGCCACUUUUAGAUAUCAAAACUGAGGAUGGUAUUAAGGUUGAAGCGCCAAAUGCACAGGACCUCAUUAAUAGUCUUAAUGUGAAAUCAGAGAAUGCGAUGGCAGAUUUUAACGCAACGUUUGGAAGUGGAGGUGGUGGUAUGAAUGUUGGUAGUACAAAUAACGUACCUAACGUGGGUAAUAAUGGUGGUAUGGGUGGUCCCAUGGCUGGUCCUCCACUUGGCGAUCCCCAAACCAUGAACAAAAUGCGACAAUUUUUGAAUGGUCCUGAUAACGGGCAGAUGACUUCGCUGGCUGCACAAACCCUAAAACAAAUGGCAGAGCAACACCAGCAUAAGAAUGCUAUGGGCGGCAUGGGAGGUUUUCCACGGCCGCCAAUGCACCAGUCACAACAAGGACAGUUAAUGGGCGGAGGUGGGCCAAAUAGUCGGUACAAUGAAUACGGCAAUUUUGGGGGCGAUUUCGGCAUGGGACCCAAUGGUUCGCAACAACAGCAGCAUUUGCCACCUCAAUUUCAGCAAAAAGUUUCUGGUAAUGGAUCUAUGGCUGGUUCCGGUCCAUUUGUUGGCAUGCAACAGUCUUUUCUAGAUAUUAAGCAGGAGCUCUUCUAUUCCUCACAAAAUGAUUUCGAUCUCAAACGACUACAACAACAGGCUCAAAUUCACCAGCAGCAGCAACAACACACCCAACAACAUCAUCCACAACCAGGACAAAACACGCAUGGUCCAAAUGGACCUAAAAUGGGACCAAGUGGCAAUUCUAGUAGUUUCUCGAAACCUGGACAGUCUCAAACACAGCAACAACAAUACUCGCCAUAUAGCUCACCAAUGGGAGCAACAGGCAAUCAGAGCCCUGCCGGUCAGUCAUUUAUGCAAGGCCAGAACCGCGGUGCUUCAGGAUCAGGUGGAGUCGGUAUGGGAAAUAGUUGUGGAAAUGGUGGUCCACCUAACAUGACGGCACAGCACUCGCAAAACAGUACGCAACAACGUGGAGGAUCGCAAAGCGGCGCACCACUUAAUGUUAACAAUGGUACCGGCGGAAUGGGUGGUGGUCCUAAUGUAAGUGGAGCACCAGGUUCAAACAAUCAAAAUGGGUCUGGUAGUGGCAUUAACGCGGGAACGGGCAAUACCAGUAGUUCGCAGACUGGGCCGAACCUACAUCAACAGCAACAGCAACAGCAUCAGCAGUCGACAACAACAACACUGCAAAUGAAACAAACGCAGCAAUUGCAUAUUACCCAACAAGGAGGAGCUCAUGGGAUACAGGUCUCAGCUGGUCAGCAUCUUCACUUAAGUGGCGACAUGAAGAGCAACGUAUCAGUGGCAGCACAACAGGGCAUACAAUUCUUUAAUCACCAGCAGCAGACUCAUGGGUCAGCUGCACAGCAGCAACAGCAGCAGUCACACAAUCAGCAACAACAUCAAAAUACUCCAAAUGCACAACAGCAACAACAAUCUCAACAGCAACCAAAUCAAAAUCUAAAUCACGGAAACGGAGCAUCAGACGGUUUCACCAUUUCGCAAACACAGUCGUUGAAUUUCACACAACAACAUCAACAGCAACAUCAUCAACAGCAGCAGCAGCAGGCACAACAACAACAACCGACACAGCAGAAUCAACAAAUGCCUUCCAAUAUGCGUCAAAGGCAGGCUCAAGCUCAAGCUCAGGCACAAGCCGCAGCAGCAGCAGCUGCAGCCGCAUCUGCGGCCUUAGCUCAAGUUUCAUCGACAAAUGUUGGCUCACCUGUCGUUCCAAACAACAAUAACAAUGCAAAUAAUAUACCUGGAGGUGUGGGCAAUUUACUGGGGCAGCAGCAAAAGUCAAGCAGUGUGAGUGGUAAUGUGCACGGUGGACCGGUUCCACAAAACAUGAAUUCGAUAGGAGGUGGUGGAGGAGAUUCAAUUGGAUCCAGUGCCAUCAACAACAUUUCGGGGCUGAGUGGCAACGUCAGCAUUGGUGGCGCGAAUCAAAUUGGUGCUACUGGUACCGGCUUAGGAGGAAUGAUGCCAAGUAAUUCCUUAUCCCAUCUAAAUAGCCAAAAUGCACCAAAUGCAGCUCCAUCAGCCAUGAUGAUGGGCGGAACGCCCAAUGGUGGGCCCCCAAUGAAUAUUAGCCAAGCCAAAUUUUUGCAACAGCAACAAAUGAUGCGUGCUCAAGCUAUUCAACAACAACACAUGGGAGGAACGCGACCACCACCGCCCGAAUACAAAGCAUCCCAAGCUCAACUUAUGCAAGCUCAAAUGAUGCAGCAGAACGUUGGCAGCGGGGCACGCUUUCCCAAUGCUGCAGCUCAAGCAGCGGCAAUGCGACGUAUGACGCAACAACCUAUACCGCCCUCAGGACCAAUGAUGCGCCCGCAGCAUGCGAUGUAUAUGCAACAUUCAGGUGUCGGUGGUUCACGUUCAACCAUGGGAACUUUUAGUGGUCCUAUGGGAACACAACAACGUCCUCCUAACGUUCAAGUGACUCCGGAUGGUUUGCCAAUGGGUUCACAGCAGGAAUGGCGCCACAUGAUGAUAUCGCAGCAACAACAUAUUAAUUUUGGAGCAGGACCGGGCGGUCCAAUGAGACAAGGAACUGGUACAUUUUCCGGCGGAGGAUUUAUGUCAAAUGCGGGGGGUGUCGGUCCAAUGACUGGUGGUGGAACCGGCGGUAUGAGUGGUAUUCCAAAUCACAGCAUGCAAUUGACGCCAUCACAAAUUCAGCAACAAAUGAUGCGGCAACAACAGGUGCAACAGCAGCAGCAAAUGUUAGCGAACCCUAGUGGAAGUGGAGGACCAGGAAGCGUACAGAUGCAACAAAUGCUACAGCAACAUCAUCAGCAGCAACAAGGCGGACCUGGUAACAUGAUGACUCAAAUGCAAAUGUCAUCGUUGCACAUGUCUCAGUCGCAACAACAAAUCACAAUGCAGCAACAGCAGUUCGUGCAACAAACCACGUCAACAGCAACCGCGCACCAACAGCAUUCGCAAAUGAUGCAACUCACUCAGAACAUGGGGAGUAACGCAGGUACCGGCGGAAUGGUGAGCGGAUCGGUAGGAGUACCUAGUAUAGGGCCUAGUGCCAGUACCACCGUUUCACUUGGUUCGGGAACAAACAACCUUGGGUCAAAUAAUAAUAAUAUGACAGGUAAUAACAUGGUUGCAGCCACUGCAGCUGUGGCUGCUCAAUCGACCAAUACACCUACAUCUUCCAAUACUGCCAAUGCCAUAAAUCAAACUAUUAAUUCAGUGGUAGCCAGCUCUAAUGAUUUAUGUCUCGAAUUCCUCGACAAUUUGCCAGUGGACAGUGGCAACUUCUCCACCCAGGACCUAAUCAAUUCACUUGAUAACGACAAUUUCAAUUUGCAAGAUAUUCUGUAAACCGAAGGAAAAAAAUAUAUUAUCGAAAUUUAUAACCAGUGCACAGCAAAGUAAAUUAAGUAACUGCUGUUAGUUAAAUACGUGGUAUUCAUCACUUUGUACAUUACUUGAUGAUAUAGGUAUAGGUAAAGAAUGCUACUAUAUAUCGCAUUUGAGUAGCUUAAUUUACAUAUUUAUCUGCAUGUUGUGUCCUAUUCUAAAGCGGCAUUACAAAAUCAAACAAUUUACUUUUGGUUAGCUUAAUCUGGCUUCGGAACUGAUAUUUGAUUAAACCUCAAUUUUAAAUGCAUGCAAGCAUAUAUGGUUUUUUUUUCUCACUAAGGCGUCAUUCGAAAUUUGCAAAUUAAAUUUCGUAAAAAUUAUGUUUUAAUAGUUUGCAUUAUUUUAAUAACAUUCCAUUUGUUAAGAAAAAUAAUUUAUGUUUGUAUAUAAAUGGGAUUCUUUAAGUAAAUUCUCGCUCUUUAUUACGCACCUUAAUAAUCAUUGUUGUUAAUUCAAUCUUUUUGUUUAAAACUACAUAGACAUAUGUAUGUAUAACAUGUACUUAAAAAGCAUUAGAUAAUAAAUAGAACAUGACAGUCGAAAAACUUAGGGCAUUCAUACAGAUAUAGCGUAAGUUUUCAGUAUUGAUAUCAUUUCGAAAAAUAUGCUCUUGGGAAAAGCAAAUAUGUAUACUAUACAUACAUACAAACACGCAAACCGACACUCAUAUGAAAAUGUGUACGUUUUCGUGUAAAUACAACUGUAAUAUCAAAAAAAAAAAAACAAAUUGGUGAUAUUUUUCUAUUAUUAAAUAAUGUUAUUAUCAAAAAACCAACAAAACUAACAUUAAAAUAUUUUGAAAAAUAUAUAUCGCUCAUUUACUUGAAUAGUAUCACAACUCAAAAAAGUCGAUUUUUCAGGAGAGCGUUUAAAGUAUUCAAUUGUCUCUUAUUUAGCAAAUAUAGAAAACUGCCAUCAGUUUAUUGAAAGAACACCAACUUCACCCUAUGACAAUAUGUGUUGUAACACAAAAUAUGUCGUUGUUUCGUAAAAAAAGUAUAACUAAUUCUGGCACAACUGAGAAGUGUCGUUAUUGUGGUUAAAAAAUAUUGCAACAUAUCAAGUUUAAUAACGGCACAUUCUUAUUUCACUGCCUAUUUUUCUGCGCAUCGGAAUGAAAUUUUUAUACAAUAUGGACGCUGAAAUUGCGCACAUUUCUGCAUACUCAACUCAAAAAUCGUGUUUUUUGAAUUGUGACACUAUUCAAGUAAAUGAGCGAUAUGUUUGUUCUCAAAAUAAGAAAUUAUAAUUUUCUAUACAACAAAAAAUAUUGGCAAUAUUUGAAAUUAUUAUUAGUUCAAAUGAAUAAGUUCCGUAAUUUUUUUCUAAUAUGUAAAUUAGUUUUAGUAUUAACAUCAAAGACACGCCCAGCAUAUGCACACUCCAAACCAUUCUAUGAAUAUGAAAUCAUAGGAACGUAUAUUUAUAUUUAAUACAAAUAUUUGCAAAUACUUAAGCACACUUCACUAAAUGUUUGUCUGAAAAGUAGUUUUAUUAUGCAACCACAGAAAAUUAAUUUAAUAAGAAUGUAGAAGGUACAUAAUGAAUAAAUGAUGAAGUUUUAAAAGCAUAAAAACAUUAAAAAGUAAAUUAAUGGAUAAUUACAAUGUAGUUGCUAAGCAAAUAAUUACAAAGUAUAUUAAAAUUGUUAUAUUAAAUUAUAUACAACUGUAGAUAUAUGUAUUCAAAUAGAUUUAAGAAUACACACUUCAAAAAACAAUAAAACGGUAAAAGUAUUCAAAAUUGAUAAGUAAAAAAGCGGAUUAUACUUAAUUUUUACAAUAUUUGAGAACACACUUCCACUAUAGCUGCUUAGACAAAGUUAAAUAGAAUAAUAAAAUAUAUUCUGCGAUUAAAAUCUAUUGGUUUAAAAUGAGAACAACGGCACCUUGACUAUAAUCGAUUCUUUACAUGCAUACAUAUAUAUUAUUUUCUUCUCGUUUCCAAUUAAGAAUACUUCUUCUACCCUGCAGAAAACCUACAAAUACUUGUUUCAAAACAAUAAAAAAAUUAUGACUUUAAAAUAGUUCGUUUGCGGCAAUAUAUAUAAUAUAUAUAAUAUAAAAGAAAUACAAUUUAAAUAAAUAUACAUAUGUAUGUAUGUAUAUUCUGUUAAAUGCAUAUGUUCCCCAUGGAAUAUGCGUAUAAAUGCUGGUAGUAAUCAGAAUUAAGGAAUAAAAUUAGAGAAGACAAAAAGUUAGUGAUCAAGUUCUGUUGAAAAAUACUUAAUGGAUAUUAUAUACAGUUUAUUUAUUUAUUUUUUUGUUUAAUUACUAAACCCAACAUUAAUGCAGCCCAAUCGUAGUCGUGGCCACAAGCCAAAAAUACACUCAACAUAUGUAUAAAUCUUACAGUUAAAUAGAAUUUAUAUUUUUUAUUAACAUUUUACCACCAAUGCUUUGGUAAGUCUCUACAGCAUAAAUAUAAUAAUACUUCACUAUUGAAAAUCCCUAUUUUCACAAAAUCAUAUCUAAUUAAUAUUAUAUAAUAUUAACGAAAUGAAAUACAAUUAAAUCAAAACAUAAUUUAUAUAUUCAUAGAUAAACUCUAGACGUGUAGUGGAAACAAAAAGUAGCAACAUUACAUUAAUGGUAUAUAUACAAAAAAUAUAAAACAUUAGUUAAGUAGCUGACACUAUAACCACAGUUGAUUU